CAGUCUUUUAUCUUUGUACUCCGGAAGUAAACAAGCCACACAUUUAGGACGGGUUUGUUGUUGUUUACGGACUUUCUUCAUUUCUUUUAUUAAAGUUAUUUUAAUGACCGCGUGUUGGAUUUCUGUGGGAAGUUUGCAGCAGGGACUUCAUUCGUGUUUGUGUUCGUUAGCCACUUAGCUUAGCUUUACCUCGGAGGCUUCUUGUUAAUACACCAUUAUAUUGGUGAUUAGUUAUUGUUGUUAUUAUUAUAUAUAUUAUAUAUUAGCGGAGAUUAAACUCGGGUGUAAAGAUGAGUUUAGCGCACAGCAGGGAGCAGAGGAGCACCGCCGGGAACCGAAUGGCCAAAAUCCUGGAAGCGGAGGAAGAAGACGAGUUCUAUAAAACCACCUACGGAGGAUUUAAUGAUGAGUCUGGUGAUGAUGAAUACCAUGGUGACCAUUCAGACACUGAGGAUGAAGUGGACAGUGACUUUGAUCUGGAUGAAGGAGACGAACCAGAUAGUGAGCAGGAAGAAGAGACACCACGUAGACGAAGCCGCAUCCUUACUAAAGCCUACAGAGAGCCCAUAAAAGUAAUGAAGCCGAGGGUUAAACAUCCAUCUGAGGAACCAAAGGCAGAGAAACCAAAAGCAGAAAAACGUUCAGCCCAUGAGCUGCAGGAGACUGGAGAAAUGCGCAAGUCAGUGAGGAAGUCUACUAGUGAGCACACUCGGAAGACCUUUGAGCGUCUGCAGGAGCGCAAACAAGAGGCACCGAGACGCCGCAGAGUCCAUAGAGACAAACCACUGAGUCAGGAUGAGUUAUUGAGAGAAGCUCAACAAACUGCACAGAGCAACCUGGAGUCACUGGAGAAUUAUGAGCGUCUGGAGGCUGAUAAGAAAAAGCAGGUGCAAAAGAAGAGGAGGUUUGAGGGACCGACAAUCCGUUAUCACUCUGUUCUGAUGAUGUCUGAGCUACCACUCAAAGACGAGAACGUGGAUGUUGAGGGGCUGGAUCAGGACAUGCCACUCUCAGCUUCCUCUUCUUGUACCGCAGCAUCAGGGGCUGGGGCACUUUGCUCGCGUACUUUCAUCACCUUCAGUGAUGAUGAUUCCUUUGAGUCUGCUUUCCCUCCAUUGGCCCGUGUCAGCCAUGACCUUCCCAUUCAAGAAGUAUGUCCUGUUACCCAUAAUCCUGCGCUGUAUCGUGACCCGGUUACUGACAUCCCAUAUGCUGACGCGCGCGCCUUCCGGAUAAUUCGUGAAGCGUAUCGUAAAUAUGUUGCUGCACACGGCUUCCCUCAUGACACAACACACACGCCUUCACACACACAUGCUGAGCCAUCGGGGGGCACCAAAAGCCUGCGACUAAAGUGACUGCCUAAACACACACAUUGUACUGUUAUUGGUAUUCACAAAGAUUAAAAAUGAUAAUGCACACAC